AUGGAUUACCACCAGCUCAGAGAUGAUAUCCGUAACUACAGCCUUGAUGACUGUGCUCGGGGUAACCAGGGCUAUAACCGGGUACUCCUGCAGCUAUUUGGGUAUACAGGCCAUGGAAAGUCCUCCUUCAUCAACUCCUGUAAGUUUGUCCUGACUGGGGAGUAUAGAACUAUCGCAGAGGCUGGAGAGAGGGCGAGUGGUGCUACUACCUUCAUGAGAAGACCCUAUGAACUUACAGACACCAUCACCAUCGUGGAUAACAGAGGGUUUGGAACCAUGAACAGCUAUGAAAAGUUACAAAUCUACUGUCAGCUGGGUAAGGAAACGUUGUGACUGCUAGUAUUUGUAUAGGUCAUUAUCUAACAAGUUACAAUAGUAGAGAACCAUGGGAAUGAGUGAAGGCACUGACUACCUAUACAUUGUCACUUAUUGUUUUAUUUGGGUUCUUGAUAAAUACCCUAUAAAGUCAAAAUGUUUAGUUUCAAUUAUUGUAUCAACAUGAUGCAUAAAAUGCAAUUCUGGGAAAAAAAAACUUAUGAGUCUGCCAAAAAGCAGUUUUUAAAGUAUCACUAUAGUGUCAGGAAAACAAACUCAUUUUCAUGACACUAUAUAACCCUUAGGACUCCCCGCCCCACUCUCAGGGCACCUUCAGCUACUUACUUUAAUCCAGCGCCGGGCUCCCUCUGCGCUGGUGACCUCUCCUCCCUCAUCCGACGUCAGCUCCCGAGUAGAGCCGAAUGCAUAUGAGUGUCCAGAGUCACGUGCGCAUUCAAACCGCCCAUAGGAAAGCAUUUCUCAAUGCUUUCCUAUGGACAUUCUGCGUGCUCAAUGUGAUUUUCGCAUUGAGCAUUGGGAAGCCCCUCUAGCGGCUGUCAGGAAGACAGCCACUAGAGGCUGAAUUAACCCUCAAUGUAAACAUAGCAGUUUCUCUGUAUCUGCUAUGUAAACAUCUGAAGAGUUAAAACCUGGGGGACCUGGCACCCAGACCACUUCAAACUAUUUAAAUUUAAUUGGGAGAAAACACGUUUUUGUUUCCUGUUAAAAAUGUUUCUCACUUUGCACAAAGCAAGAAAUGAAUGUUAUAUUUAUAAUAUUAUAUCUGCCCAUUGAAACAAUAACUGCUGUCCCCACACACUGUUAUUACAAUGAGUUAGGUAGUAUUUCUUUAUUGGGAGUUGGCAAGGGGCUUGGAGAGGGGAUGGGGUGCAAGCUCUGGUCAGUCACCACAUGGUUAACUAUUUGCCCACUGUCUGCUGUUCCUGCCAGGGGCAAAUAGUGCUUACAAUUAUUAUUUUCAAGCAAAAAGCAAGUGAAAGAUAAUUUGUGAGUAUGCAUCCUACUAAAUACCUUCAGUCCACAUUUUGUUUUAAAUUGGUGAUUUGCAAAUAAUAAUUAAUAAAUAAAUAAACCCUCACGUGUUCAAGAGCUAUUAGUCAGGCUCUUUUACCACCACAUCUGAUUUGGGAGAUGCCACCCCUGAUAAUCAGAUGGGAGAAGCACUCAAAUGGAGGACAAAAAUAUAUAUUUAUUAAAUCAAAUAAAUAAAUGAAUAAUAAUUUUUUUUAAAGUAUUUAUUUAUUAAUAUAGUGUCCCAAGCAUACUACACCAUACACUGUAUCUAACUGCUUAUAUCCUCGAGGUCCAAACAACUGCAAAUAGAGAUUAUUUCUGCAUUUUCAUUUUAUUGGAGGCGCUCGAAAACAAAUGAAUGUGUGAACAUUUGUUGUAUUUUUGCACAUUGAUUACACUCAUUAUUCUAUUGAUACAAAUCCAAUGUUUAUUCACAAGCACUUUAUUCCAAGGGGAAUUUUUGAUACACCUGAAAGAUGUUAUUUAACGGAAGCACUGCACAAUUUUUAAGUUAAUUUGUUAAACGGUAACACUUGAGUGAAAGACGCUUAUUAAUAUUUGCAUCUUAUUUAUUUAAUUUAUUGAGAAAAGCAAGAAUUAAAGGGUCUAUUUAUGCCUUUCAGUUUUUUUGUUAGAGAUACCUAUAUAUGUUAUUUCCCACUUUAAUUAUUCCAGGUAACUUCCUCCCUCUUAAUAGGAACGUGGAGUGGAUAAGGGAUUAUAACAGUUUGAUGGAAAACCUAGAGAAUUCAGAUUUUGACCCCAACUAUACAGAUUUAAUUGUUCCGCUUUUCAUUUACAGGUAAGAGAGAACGUUCUAUUCCAAGAAGUGCUGUGUAAAUGGAGAAUUAAAUACACGUUACAGAGUUUCUAUUAGUUUAUUCGUUCUAUGGACAUGUCAGUCAUUUAUUGGCUUUUGAAAAUAGACAAUUAAACAAAUAACUCAAAUAAAAAUAAAAUAGAACAAAAAUGAGAUACUACAGAAUAUAGAAAAUAAAAUACAAUAAAAAACAAGGCAUUUGUUUGAGCUGAUUUGCAGUCUAUUCCGUCCUCAGUGGGCGUAUGUAUGGAUAGAAGAGAGAGAGGAAAACUAACAGUGUAGCAUUUAAUAUACUUUAUUAGUGCUGAGAUGCCCACUCACAUUUUUGGAGCUUACGUACAAGCUCUAGUAAUAUCAGCAUGUAGCGAUAUUGUCCCCACUAUUGGAUAUACAGUACCUUGCAAAAGUAUCCCCCCCCACCCCCUUAGCAUUUUUCGUGUUUUGCUGCCUCACAACCUGGUAUUAACAUGGAUCAUUGAGGAUUUGCAUAAUUUAAUUUACAGAACUUGCCCAAAACUUUGCAGAUUUUUUUAAAAAUUAUUUUUAUUAUUGUGAAGCAAACGACAAAUAGGACAAAAUAACAGAAAAGGUCAAUGUGCAUAACUAUUCAUCCCCCCCCCCCCAAGUCAAUACUUUGAAGAGCCACCUUUUGCGGCAACCACAGCUCCAAGUCACUUUGGACAAGUCUCUAUGAGCUUGCAUCAUUUUACCACUGUGAUUUUUGCCCAUUCCUCCUGGCAAAACUGCUCCAGCUCCUUCAAGUUGGAUGGUUUGUGCUUGUGAACAGCAAUCUUUAAGUCUGACCACAGAUUUUCUAUUGGAUUGAGGUCUGGGCUUUGAUAGGCCAUUCCAACACAUUUACAUGUUUCCCCUUAAACCACUCAAGUGUUGCUUUAGCAGUGUGUUUGGGGUCAUUGUCCUGCUGGAAGGUGAACCUCUGUCCUAGCCUCAUAUCACGCACAGAGUGGUACAGGUUUUGCUCAAGAAUAUCACUGUAUUUAGCACCAUCCACCAUCCACCUUUCCCUCAACUCUGACCAGUUUUCCAGUCCCGGUUGCUGAAAAACAUUCCCACAGCAUGAUGCUGCCACCACCAUGUUUUACUGUGGGGAUGGUGUUCUUUGGGUGAUGUGAUGUGUUUUGUUUGCGCCAGACAUAGCGUUUUCUUUGAUGGCCGAAAAGUUAAAUUUUGGUCUCAUCAGACCAAAGCACCUUCCUACAUACAUUUUGGGAGUCUCCCACAUCUUUUCGCAAACUCAAAAUGUGCCAUUUUGUUUUUUGCUGAAAGUAAUGGCUUUUUUCUGGCCACUCUGCCAUAAAGCCCAACUCUAUGGAGCGUACAACUUAUUGACGUCCUAUGUACAGAUACUCCAGUCUCUGCUGUGGAACUCUGCAGCUCCUCCAGGGUUACCUUAGGUCUCUGUGCUGCCUCUCUGAUUAAUGCCCUCCUGGCCGGGUCCGUGAGUUUUGGUGGGCGGCCGUCUCUUGGAAGGUUUGCUGUUGUGCCAUGUUCUUUCCAUUUGGUUAUGAUAGAUUUGAUGGUGCUCCUGGGGAUCAUCAAAGAUUUGGAUAUUUUUUUAUAACCUAACCCUGACUUGUACUUCUCAACAACAUUGUCCCUUACUUGUUUGGAGAGUUCCUUGGUCUUCAUGGCAGUGUUUGGUUAGUGGUGCCUCUUGCUUAGGUGUUGCAGCCUCUGGGCCUUUCAAAAAAGGUGUGUAUAUGUAAUGACAGAUCAUGUGACACUUAGAUUGCACACAGGUGGACAUCAUUUCACGAAUUAUGUGACUUCUGAAGGUAAUUGGUUGCACCAGAGCUUUUUAUGGGCUUCAUAACAAAGGGGGUGAAUACAUACACACAUGCCAAUUUUUUGUUUUCUAUUUGUAAAAAAUUGUUUUAUGUAUAUAUUUUUCUCAUUUCACUUCACCAACCUAGACUAUUGUGUUUUGAUCCAUCACAUAAAAUUCAGAUUAAUAAAACAUUGAACUUAAGGCUGUAAUGUAACACAAUUGGUAAAAAGUCAAGGGGGUGAAUACUUUUGCAAGGCACUGUAAAUAUUGGAGUGGUUGGUUAUCCACCCUUCCUAUUUUGACUGUGGGGAGAAAAAUGAACUAUAGAGGAAUAUCACUUCUAUGCUUUGCACCUAUGGGCAGGAAAUGAGAGGUCAUUUGUAGUGGGUUGAUCUUCUCACCUUCUACCUCCCAUAUCCUGAGCUGUUUAUGAUGGGAGAUCAUUAAAAAUGGUGCAUGCCUUCCAAAGGGUCCUCUCUAUGUUUCUCAUUCAUGUGCUGUAGAUGAGGAGUUAAAUAUCAGAGAUAAAGCACAGCCACACUGCCCACUGCCUAGUUGUCCUCACCACCAGAUCUAGAGAUUGUCUAAAUAGGGAGUACUGCCAUAGUACUUCAUUCCUGAGAGCCAAGUGUUGGGUUAAAUAUUGCAGCAAGUGGACUAUCUACCCGCAAAGUUAAAAAAUCAUUAAAUAUUGACAAUGCAACUUAAAAUAACAGAAAGAAAAAAACGUUUUUGUGACGCUCAUGUCCAAGUGCUGAAGAUUACAUUAUAUAUAAUAUACUUUCAUUAUGUGAUGACAAUAAAGAUGUGAGUAAAAAACAAUUAUUAUGGUUUUAGGAAACUUAGCUCAAGGGUUAGGUGACAUUUAGGGUGCCCUUAGUCCAACCAUCUGACUUAUGGGGAACCACACGACAGCUGGCUCUGAUCUCUUAAAGACCACCCCAGAGGGGACACUGGAUGGAACAGGACUCCUCCUUGCAGGCAGCACCUUGAGUAAUCAGUCACUUCCAGCAGGUACAAAAAAAUAAGUCCUGGGCUCACUCCCAUCACUCCUGGGCGGCAGCAGCGACCACAGUACACAUCAGCCCCAAUAUAUAGUAAAAAACCCUCUGCAAAAAAAAAAAAGUUACCUACACUCUCUCCUUAAUCCCUAUGUAUAUUUAUCCCAAUGUCAAGGUAGUCUCUUUCUAUACCCUUCACCUUGCUUCCUUGAGCUUCUGGCAAAGAUAUCUCCAAUGAGACAGAGAGGGGUAUUAUCAAUGGUUAAUAAGUAUAUAAGGAUGUAUAUAAAAAAAUACUCAUUGGAGAUAUCUUUGCCAGAAGCUCAAGGAAGCAAGGUGAAGGGUCAGUGUAGGACACGCUUAGGGGGGUCUGCCCUGUUGUUGGCAGGUGGGCAUUCCCUCCAACGGCCAUUGGAGUAACUAAAUGACCUCCAUUUGUCCAAGCACACUUCCUGCAGGUACUAUCACAGUUAUGUGAUACUUUCCUCAAUCAGAGAGUUAAAUUGACAAUGUAGGCACCCAGACCACUUCAUCUGAUUGAAGUGGUAUGGGUGUAGUGUGCCAGCCCCCCUUAGUCCUGCAAUGCAGAUCAUUGCAGUUUUUGAGAAACUGCAAUGGUUAUAUUACAGGACUAAGUGGCUCUAGUGGCUGAGCUGUCAAUCAGACAGCCACAAGAGACCCUUCCUGGUGGUUAAGGGACUUUUGGUCACCUUACUGACGCUGGAUAUCUUCACACUCUGCAUGAGGACAUCCAGCAUCAGUACAAUCCCCUUAGGAAAGCACUGAAGCUAUGCUUUUCUAUGGUGAGGGCCUAAUGCAUUUGCAGUGAUUGCUGUGUAUGCGUAUUAGCCCCCCGGUUGGAUGAUGUUGGAGGAGGUGGUGCACCGACCCAGUUCCGAGAGACAUCGGCGUAGUAAUCAGGUAAGUGUUAAAAGGUUUUUUUUUGUUUUUUUUUCAUGCUGAGGGGGGCACAAGGUAAGGCGGUGCAGAACUAUAGUGUAAGGAACACAGAUUUGUAUUCCUUACACUAUAGAAUCCCUUUAAGAUUAUUGCUUAAAGGGGUGACACAGAGUUACUUAAUGAACUAAUUUAGCUUUUUAUGGUCAGACUUGAGAGGAAUGGAAGGUUAAGAUAAUAUCAUUUAUUAUCUGAGGACAAAUAAAGGGUUUCGGUGAUAGUACAGAGAGCACUAUAUGGGCAGGUCUCGACAGACAGAAGGGUUAGGCUGGUUCUCCCAAAUGGAACAUGAGCACUCAAAGAACAGGAUGCUAACUGUAUAUUAUAUACGUUACUUUAUGUACUGUGUACACACUAUGUAACACUAUGCUUAAUCUUAGCUAUAAAAAGGAAUGUAUUUUAUGAAAUAAUUAAUGGUAUAUUUCUCUCAUUGUCAGUAUGCAGAAGGACAUCUUUCGGCAGGAGGAGUUAGAAAUGAAAACCUUCCUUUUAGCGUGCACACAGAUGACAGGUGAUUAUCAUGUGAUGUAAUAGAAUAGUACGGAGUAUCUCACACAACCAGGAACUCAACAAUAACUCCAUACUCACCAAUGCCUCUCAUCAUGUCAGUCAAAAGAAAAGUGAAUUUGUUUAUUUGCUUCUUCUUUCUUAGGUAUUGUUCCGAUCAUUGUUCUGACCAACAAAGCCAGGGGGGAUUUCAGAGAGCUUGAAAUGAAGUUUAAGGAUUUGGGAGCUGAGGUGGUGUACGAUGUGGAGAAUUACACCACAGAAGAACAUCAAAGAAUCGACACAACAGAUACAGAUAUAUUAAACAUUAUGUACAAUGCGUUAGAGGAUGUCAAAUUCCACAUGGAGCAGAUAAGGGACCCCAAACAAGAACGGAUAGACCAUAAGAUCUUCCUACUGAAUAUGGCACAUGAAUGUGUGCAACAGGACAAGAUAGAAGCAAAAAGACAGGAAGAUAUCAGGAGACAGGAAGAAGAGAGAAGGAGAAAGGAAGAUAGAAGGAAACAAGAGGAAGAGGGCAGAAGACAGGAAGAAGAGGGCAGAAGACAGGAAGAGAUCAGGAGACAAGAGGAAGAAAGGAAGAGACAAGAGGACAUGAGCAGUAAACGACCAGGAAAGAACAGGAAAUGUUUGAUACUAUAA